AUGGUCCUACAGUGUGAGCAGUCAGUCGGCAUACGACCGUCGGGUUCCGUGCAGUCCCCGCCCACCAUCAGCAGCUUCAGGUCAUCCAACGUCACCGGGACGUCCUUCUGCAUCACCUGGUCCAGUUGGUCUACGGAAAACCAGACCUACCGCGUAGAGGUGUUGAAGGGGUCAGAGGUCAUUUAUCAGAACGACACAGGUCAGACCCUGGUGGCGGUGGGCGGGCUCAAACCUGGGGUUCUCUAUGACGUCACCAUUACGACGAUGGCGUGUGGAGGACAAGGAGACACCCACCACCUGUCAAUCAAAACUGAUGCUCAGACUCUGGACGCCACGGCUCGACACAACGUCAGUUCAGCGCAGACCUGCAGAAACAGCAGCAGCCAGACCUACAAGAACCUGAGCCAGAGCAUCACACAGGAGAUCUACCAGUCUCUGUCCUUGGUGCUGAAGGCUCUGGUGGACUCGGGCCGGGGUCAGAGUCGUGGUCACGGGCUUUUCUCCGGCAGCGUCGUCGUCAACUUCAGCAUCGUCUUCACCCCGAGUCAAAGCCAAGACAUCGGUAACGUGUCGGAGGCUGUGAUGGACUCCCUGAAGAACAGCUCCAAGUACAGCGUGGACGAAAACAACACAAGCAUUAACGAUUUUGAUGAAUGUGCUUCAGGGCAAAACGACUGCUCCCAGUGGGCGACAUGUACCAACACCUGGGCCUCGUACAGCUGUGUAUGUAACCAAGGAUACGUGGAUAACAACCCAGACAGACCUGGACGAGCCUGUCAAGAAGUUGCUACGACAACAAUGGAGACGACCACACAACCCAUGACAAGCACAGUGUCCACAGUUAGCUUUGCCCCUUCCUCUGGAUCACACGUUAAUCCAAUGUUAAGUGAAUCUACCACAGUCGCAUCUCCACCUUCCACAACCACAACCCUGUCCACUUCUAUGGCAUCUACGAUUCCUACAACUACAGCCUCGACAACAACAACGACAACCAUAGCUACAACCUCAACCACCACCACAACUGCAACAAUGACCUCAGCUAUGACUUUAACAACCACUGACGAAACAACAACUGCAACUUCGACUACUGCUGCAUUGACAACCACUGACGAAACAACAACCACAACUUCGACUACUGCUGCAUUGACAACCACUGACGAAACAACAACCACAACUUCGACUACUGCUGCAUUGACAACCACUGACGAAACCACAACCACAACUUUGACUACUGCUGCAUUGACAACCACUGACGAAACAACAACCGCAACUUCGACUACUGCUGCAUUGACAACCACUGACGAAACCACAACCACAACUUUGACUACUGCUGCAUUGACAACCACUGACGAAACCACAACUUUGACUACUGCGAUCUCAGUGAAGUGCAGCGUCGCCGCCAUCACUGUAACCGUCGAAAAGAGUUUCCUGCAGAUCAGUCAGAUCAUGGAGAGCGCCCUCUACCUGGGACUGGAGGAAUGUGGGGUCAACUGGGAAAAUUCCAGUCAUGUCCAGCUGACAGUGGCGUGGAACGAGUGUGACGUUAUUCUGGUGCAUAAUGACAGUCACUACACGGCCUCUGUGACCCUGUUCAGCACCGGGACCUCCGACACCUCCGACCCCGGUCCGGUGGAGCGGAUCCGGCUUCAGGUUCCCAUCAUGUGCACGUACAUGAAGAGUGUGCUCAUCUCCUCCGACUUCGGCUCCAUGGGGUACGACAUGAUCGAGGACGUGAUCGCGGGCUCGGGUCUGUUCCAGGUGUCGGUCCAGCUGAUGAACGGGACGGCGCCGCUGCCCCAGAACCACAGCCUGUCCAGAGACGAGGCCGUGGUGCUGGUGGUCAGCCUCAACACCACGGCCGACCACGUCAAAGUCAUCAUCAGCAAGUGCUGGGCCACGCCCACCCCAAGCCCCUCCCUCCUCUACAGCCACACCUUCCUGGAGAACAGAUGUUCCCUGAACACUUUCACUAAAGUCUUGACCAAUGGGAACUCCAGUGUCUCCAGUGUUUCUGUCCAGAUCUUCUCCUUUGUCGACCUGAACAUGAUUUACCUUCACUGUCAGGUGGAAAUCUGUGUGGAAACUGGAUCCUCCUCCUGCGUUCCCGACUGUUUUCAGAGAACGACUCGCUCUGGAAAAACCAUCGCCAGAGCUUUUGCUUCUUCUGGACCUCUGCUCAGAUUGGACGAUGAGGCCCUGGAGGAGGGCUUCAACACCCUCCACAUCGUGGGUCUGUCCUGUCUGGGGGUCGGCCUGACGCUCCUCUUCAUCGUCGGCUUCGUCUGCCUCUUCUACUGUCAGAGGAACCGAAUCGGACACUACAACUUCAACAUCAAACCCAAGGAGGAGAACUUCACCUACCUUCACUUCAACACCUAG